AUGUUCAUCGCCAAGCCCGAGCACAUCGAGGAGGUGCUCAAGACGCAGUUUGAGAACUUCCCCAAGAGCCAACACAUCCACGACGUCUUCUUCGACCUGCUGGGCGACGGCAUCGUCACCACCAACGGCGAGACGUGGAAGCGCCAGCGCCGCGUGCUCGUGAACCUCUUCAGCGCUCGAGCGCUGCGCGAACACAUGACCCCCAUCUCGCAGAAGUACGUGGUGCAGCUGCGCAAGAUCUUCGAGGACGCGGUGGCGUCCAAGGAGCCCAUGGACGCCUUCGGACUUAUGCACCGCUACACGCUCGACGUGUUCGCCGUGAUCGGCUUCGGCACCGAGAUGAAGCUGCUGGAGGGAAGGUACCAACCGUUCGCUGAGGCUAUCGAGGAGUCCCAGUACAUUGUGUCGGCGCGCUUCAAGCAGCCCGACGCGCAGUGGAAGCUCAUGCGCUGGCUCAACAUUGGCAGCGAGAAGAAGCUCCGCCACGCGAUCCAAGUGAUCGACGAGCAUGUGAUGGGGAUCAUCUCGGGCGCCAUUCAGCGUCGACAAGAGCGCGACCAGGCCAUUAAGGCGGGCGAGGCGGCCAAGCCUGCGGACAGGGACAUCGUGUCGAUCAUCCUGGACUCCAUGGAGUCCAACAACCAGGUCGUCGACCCCGUGGAGGUGCGCAACAUCGCCACUGCCGCGCUGAUCGCUGGCCGAGACACAACGGCCGACGCCCUGGGGUGGCUCUUCCACGUAUUGAGCCAGAACCCGAGCGUCGAGGCCAAGCUGCGCUCAGAGCUGCUCACGCACAUGCCCAGGCUCACGACGGACCCGGAGUACGUCCCCACCGCCGAGGAGCUCAACCAGGUGCCCUACCUCGAAGCCACCAUCCGUGAACUGCUGCGUCUGCUGCCUGCUGGCCCCGUGAUCGCCACGCACUGCGUCCGCGACACGGUGUUCCCGGACGGCACGUUCGUGCCCAAGAACACGGACAUCGGGCUCGCGUUCUACACGACUGGCCGACUCACGAGCGUCUGGGGCGAGGACGCGCUGGAGUUCAAGCCCGAGCGCUUCCUGGAUGCCGACACCGGCGAGGUCGUCAAGGUGUCGUCCUCCAAGUUCUGCGCCUUCAGCGCGGGCCCGCGCAUCUGCGUGGGCCGCAACCUGGCCUUCCUCGAGAUGAAGAUCGUGAUCGCCAACAUCCUCAGCCGCUUCCACCUCGUGCCGGAGCCCGGCCAGCAGCCCACGUACACGCAGGGCAUCACCUUGGGCAUGCAGACCCCGCUCAUGAUGCGCGUUGAGGCCGUCACGGCCCAUGCUGCAGCGUAG